UUGUAUGUUUGACACAGCAGCAGCCAUAGUAGGCAAAAGAAGGUUCAGUCUCGCGCGGUCCUCAAAUAUUACCUAGAAUCCCGGUGCAAUCCGUUUCGGAUCCGGUCCAAAGUGGUUCCAUCGGAAGUGGCCCACCUUGGCGAGCCGUUUGCGACUGUUUUACGACGUGAAUCUUUGGCAGCGCGAGGUGACGAAACGGCAAGAAAGUGGGAGUAAAACUAGUGCUAAUGAUCUGUGAUCUAAUUGGAAAAUGUUAGCUAGUAGAGAAGACAAGUGAGUGCAAAAGAAAUCCGGCAGCAAGAAAUCGACAGAAAAAUCUGUCCGUGCCCCGGAACAAAGAGCAAAGCACAGCACAGCGAGAAAAGUGCGUGUGAUUGUGUACGUGUGUGUGUCUGUUGAUUUAGAGGGUGGUCUUCUGGAUUGGGGCUCCGUUCCGGCAAAUGGAUUCGGGCAAUCCUCUUCUCCGGCAGCAGCAGCAAGUUCUUCCACAUUUGGAACGGGAGCACCACCGUCAGCACCACCACUAUCAGUACCUCCAACCGCCGCUACAGCAACAACAUCAACAGCAGCAGCAACAACAACAGCAACAGCAGCAAGUAGUGGCGGCGGCCACACUACUACAAGUGCAGCAACACCAUCAACAACAGCAGCACCGAUUGAAGAGUGCUGGUUGGGGUGCGGCCACGAGUGCCGCGGCAGCAGCGGCAUCUUCUUUCAUACAGAACAUUGUUAGCAGCGCCGCUAACAACACAACCGGCACCGGAGGAGAGCUUUUGAUAUGUCAGUCAUAAUUGGAAGAUAGAAAAAUAGCUCCUUCUGUUACACUCACACAAAAAAACGAACACAAACUGUGUUUUUAAAAUCGAUUACUGUCAUACAAUCCUCUUUUUUGUUGAUUAAUUAUAAAGCUAAGUAUACACACACACACUUGCCAGUGCAGCAAGUAACGUGUUGUUUUCCGUGUAUCGAAUGUGGACCUUGCAAUUUCAAAGUUGGAAUAAUAUCGAGUUACCAUAAGUCAGCCGCUCUCCAAGCACCG